UUUACAGUUUUACAAUCAUUUUCUUGGAAGUGAAAUUAACUAAGCAGGCAAGCCAGAUUCUCCUAACCAACACUGUUUUGCAAUGAUAUAAUUUAAGGAAAGAACAUUUCACGAUGACAUCUGUUUAUUCUCAAAAGGUGAGUGGGUUCUUUCUUUAAUGAUUCUCCCCUCUACUUAUGAAAACCCACAUGCUUAUAAUAAUAUAAUAUUAGAUCAUCGUACUUCCAAUUACAAAAAGACUUGGAAAGGAAGCAAUUGACUGUCCUUGGAAUCACAUAACUCUUUCUCUCUCUGUUUCUCUGUUCCUAGUUUCUGCUUCUUAUUCUAAACACAUAAUAUUUUAUAAUAUGCAAACCAGAAAUUUUGUCUGCCAACUUGCAUUACCCCAUUUGCAUGAACAGUCAUCCUGUGAUCUCUUCUUUGCUAGUCCCUUGACUUAAGUAUACUACCUUUCUUUAUAUUUCAGACUUUCUAUAGUUUCAGCUUCUCUGCCUUAGGCUUUCCCUUUCAAUUUUUUCCAAUCCUUCUAUCACCCGAAUUCAUUCUCUCUCUUAAAUAGAAGCUUUGUUCUGAUCACUUUCGCCAUACUAAUCGUUGCUCUAAUAUCUCAGAAACAUGAGCAAGCUUUCUUCCCCGCAAACCAGUUUGACUUGGACAGCCAAACAAAACAAAUUGUUCGAAAACGCUCUGGCAACAUAUGAUGAGGAAACCCCUGAUCGUUGGCACAAGAUAGCCAGGAUUGUUGGAGGGACGACUGAAGAGGAAGUGAAGAGGCAGUAUGAGAUCCUUCUAUCAGACAUCAAGCGCAUUGAGUCAGGCAAAGUUCCCCUUCCUAAGUAUCGGAAAGUUGGAACAAGUAACAUCAGCAAUGAAGAAAAGAGGCUGAAGAUCCUAAAGCUCUAAAGGAAGAUGCCGUCCAGAAUUAGACAGAGCACCAAAUUCCUCUUAAGUGCAUCUAGAAAUUAACUCAUAACACCCCACUCCCCCCUACCCCUUUCCCUUUUUUGUUCCUGUAACUUCUAGAUGCAAUAUACUUUUGUCUUUCACAUGUACCCAGGAAGAAUCAUCCCAUAUGCUAUUGCUUACUUUUUUCUCA